AUGGAAAAGAAAAGUGAGAAACAUGGUGUGGAACAAUUAUUAACAGCAGCAGUGAAGUUAUCUCAGUUCGCAAUGGUUACAUCACCGACAGUUAUUGCUCCGGCUUCAAUUCUAAUACCUUCUGUUACUGAACUGAAAUAUGCAAAUGAUGUAUCGACCAUGGAUAAAUAUAAUUGGCUUUUACAUAUUAUGUACGGCCGGGGUGAAUACGAUCGACUUCAACAGUUCAUACGUAUUCAAUCGCAUAAAAGUACUUAUAUGACAUACGUUCAGGGGCUCGUUCAUCGACAAGAAGGACGUAUUAACGAAUCAUUGGAUUAUUUUCAACAGUGUGCUUUACAAGAGUUAUCUUUGGUUCAUAUAAAACAAGUAGGCAAGUCAUUAGCACUACUUGGACGCCACCGAUUAGCUAUUGAUGCUUAUAAAGACGCUUUGACACGCACGAACAAUGAUUGGGAACUGCUUCAUAAUUUAGGCUUAUGCUAUUUUCAUUUAAAUGAUCUGACAGAAGCGAAAAAAUAUUUCUUACAAGCUUUGCAAGUGUCUGAAAUGCAAGAAGCAUCUUAUUUGUCAUUGGGAGAAAUCUAUCUGCUAGAGAACGAACGUGAAGAAGCUGAAGCUGUUUUCGAACGAGGUGCACGACGAAAUCCUGAAUCGCCGGUACUUUUCACUAAGAUUGGUCUGUUGGCAUUUGAAAAAUCCGAUUAUACAAAAGCAUUUGAAUGCUUCGGCACUGCGUUAACCUUUUGUCCGACGCACGUUCCCGCCAUCAUGGCAGCUUGUCAAGUUAUUCAAAAACAUGGUGAUGCUGACGUUGCUCUAUCGAAAUAUCGUAUCGUUUACGGGCGGAAACCUGAAUGUGCACAAGUAUGGAAUAAUAUCGGCAUGUGUUUCUUCUCCAAGAAGAAAUUCGUGGCGGCUAUUAGUUGUUUGAAACGCGCCAAUUAUCUUGCACCAUUCGAAUUAAACGUCUUAUAUAAUCUGGCACUUGUACAUUUGUACUUGCAGCAAAGCGCUUCGGCUGCAGUGUUUCUUCAAUCAGCCAUUCGAUUGAACCGAAAACACGCACCAAGCUAUGCUCUCUUAGGUGUGACUCUAUCGAAACUGAAUGAUUUUAGUAAUGCUCUGCAAGCUUUCACAUACUCGCUCAAACUCGAUCCAACUAAUCUGGUUGCUUUACUUAAUCUUGCUAUUCUUCAGAAGAAUACCGAUGUUGUUCAAUCAACUAUUGAAUCUACUCUUUCAGAAUUCCAUCGGUCCUACAAUCAACAUACGGCUUCUGGCCGUCAAGGUGAACUCGAUAAAUCAAUGUUAGAUAUUGCCUCGAAACUUGGAGUGCCUCAGUCAGUUGCUACGUAUCGAAACGAAAGCACGGCGCCAGCAUCUUUAUCAGCAAUACUCUCGCCUCGAAAACUAGCGGACGAUGAUGUACUGGCUUCAUCAUUGGGUCAAUCUCAAGAAUUACCUGAUUUAAAAACGAAACGCUACGAAGAUGGACGAUAUAAACAGAGACGUGUCAAACAAGAACCAGUUGUAUCUUCGACGGAGACCACAGAGCAGCGAUCAAAUUUUGCUUUCUAA